CAAUUUACACUAUUUUUGUAUUACAAAUUACAACUGCGCGAUGUACAUAUAAUAUGAACACUGAAACAAAGGAAAAAAGUAUUGUAAAUAGUUGCUUCACAUGCAAGGGUGAAGAAAUAGAUAAAAAUAAACGUACGAGACUGUUUGGUAAAAGCAAAACUCACGAUUUCGUGGGUAUCCUUCGCGAAACUGCGAAAAUCGACUUAGACAUUUACAGUGACAAAUGUGGGCCGACUUCAUUCUUGUGUCGUAACUGUGUAAAUAAAUUAAAGCGUCUGGACGAAGCUAACAAGUCCGUAAGUGAGUUGAAUAAGUACUUUCGAAAUUUAUUUAAUGGAAGGGAACUGACACAGAAUAACGAGCCAAAGCGAAGAUUGCAUGACACUAGUUUCGAAGUCACAGAGAUAACAAGAAAGUCUCUAAAAUUUGAUGAACAAGAUGACCCCUUACUGGACUCGGACAGUGCAAGUGGCAUUGAACAGAAAGACGUUACUUUGAUUGUCACACAGCCUUUUAUUCCCACCGCCACCGUUCAACCAGGACAAGCGUCACAAGCCUUAACGAGCAAUAUUGAUUUGUGCCCGAUAUUUAUGUCCACGCCUAAGAAAGCGCCAGUGAACAAAAAAACUGAUGAGAGCAGGGUUACUAUCUCUGUAAAGCAGGGGUCUUCAAACCAUGGGUCGCGACCCAAAAUUGGGUCGCUAGCACACCCUCGAAGGUCGCAAGGCUUCUCUUGGGUCGCAUGGGUCGCAAUGCUUGUCUAGGGUCGCGAACUUACACUAGUAAACUUUACAAGACGAGAGAUCAAGUGAUAAGAUGCACAUAUUUACAUAUGAAUAUUUCCUUGCGAAAUUUGCGAUUAUAAUGUUUUUUCACGAUUAUUAUGAAGCACUCAAGCACUAGAUUGCUAGAAUAAUAUGGUAAACAGGUAAAGCUUUAGAUAUAAUUGAGAUCUAUCAAAAUUUUGGCUAAGUCUCAGCGAAGAACAAUAUCCAGAACUGAAAUCAAUGGCUCAGAAGGUAUUGGUGAGAUUUGGAACCACAUAUGUGUGCGAAUCAGUUUUUUCCGCGAUGAUGUUCAUUAAGAAUAAAUACAGAAGCCGCCUGACAAAUGAGAACUUGUCGAUUAACAUGAAGCUUGCCACAACAUCCUACAUACCGAGAUAUGAAAAAAUUGUCAGGGGCAAAAAAUGACACUUGAUGCGAAAGUUAAGAACUCUACAAUCGUUAUUAACGAUAAUUCUAACAGUUGAGUAAUACUGUCGAUGUUAUAUAGCUGUAAUAAAAAUAAUAAUGUUUCAGCACUCGACUAUAUUCUUGAUUCAAAUUUUGGCAGUGUUCAGGGUCGCGGGACACCUAUGAAGCUUGGGUUUGGGUCGCCGAAAAAAAGGGGUGAAGACCCCUGCUGUAAAGUAUCCUUCAAAGGUGAAAAAUAAAAACAUUGUAGGAGACUUUGCCAAAAUUGUAAAAGCCAUUUUGCACCAAAAUCCUACAGGGAUUGCUAAUGUCGUUGUCAAAUCGAAACAAUUACGAGAGAAGGUCGUAGAUCGUUGUUACAACUUAUCAAGACAGAAAUUGACGAUUUGUGUUCUGUAAAAAACCCGUCAAUAUUACACGGAACAACGAAAGAGAAAUUAUUGGAGUUUAGCCUGGAAAAAGUUUGCGAUGAAUGGGCGGAACGCGCUCCAAUGUUUCAUUCGUUUUUGCGUGCGUGUUGUUCGAAAUCCAGAGGCACUGCCAAAGAUUUAGAGUGGUCUCCUGCAAUGGCUGUAGCUGAAUCAGUUCUACUAAAGCAGCGAAAUAAGCAUAUGAAUGCACUAGCUUCCAUAAUAGGACUAACUAUAAAAACCAAAUCGCUAGAGGUGAGUCACCUGGAAAAAACAUACUUGAUUUUAUACACAAUUAUUCUAUUUGCCUGCUUUUUUACAAUACAUUUGUUUGUAUGAUUUUAUACAAUCCAAUGACCAUACAAUAUGUAUAUUUUUGUAUAUGCGAGUUCUGUUUUGCAGCAGUCUUGAAAAUAUAGAUAGAUCAAUGAAACCCCUUCAACUAUCAAACAUGUUCACACAACUAUAUAUUUCAUUACAAUUUAUACGGCUAUUAUAUGUGAUUUGUAGACGGUGAUUAACACUUGUGCGAAGCUAAGAAUCACAUGCUGCAAUCAAACAGUCUUACGAAAAAUGGACAUCUUGGGAGAAAACCACGACGAGCUGUUGAAAACUGCCAAACAAAAUUUGGAGGACACGUUCCAAGAAGAAAACGGUUCUUCGGUCCAUCCAGGUUAUACUAUCCCUUUUGAUAAUGUUGACGUCAGGAUUGAACGUAGACAAAUGACAAAGACAUCCCAAAAUAUGGAUUGCCAUUGGGUUAAUCAUCUUUAUGUAGAGAACAGAAUUUCGGGAAGUCAUUUGCCAACCCACUGCAACAAGAGUAUUGAUAGCUUGGAGAAUAUUGAUCUACUUGUGAGUGCAGAAGAUGAGAAGAAGCAAAGAUUUGACUUCGCGAUAUUGGUUUCACGUUUCCUAGUAGAAUACUUCGAACAUUUUGAAUUUCUUAAACAAGUGUGUGUGUUGCAUAUUCAACAUCGUUAUAGCAAAGAAAUGGCAAAAAAAUCUGUCAAGGUCUGGUUAAGUGGUUUUGUAAUUACUAUGUAUUUUUCUGUUUAUUAUAUAAAGAACAAUAUUUGAAAAGCGAUAAUUUUUACAGAAAAGCGAUAAUUUUCACAUGUGAGAUUAUCAUAAAUAAUCUCAGAUGUGAGAUUAUCACUUUUAUCAGUGCUCGAAAUCUCUAUAAAGCCCUAUACUUUAUAUAAUAAAUCACAAUAAUUCAUGCUUGUAUUAACUUGUUAUUGCAUGAUUUUACUACUCCAUUUCCACUCAAACAUGACCAAAUUGUAUGUUAUAGAGUACAAUACCGUGACAUAUGAACAGCUUGUCUGGGGGGUACACCCCGUGACAACCUGGGGGGGAGUGGGAAUUAUUUUGUAAUUUAGCCACUAUAACGACCCAUGCAUAAAGUCGUUUAAUGCAAUAAAAUAUCAAGCCCCCUAUAUCGUCAAGGGGUACAUUAUAUAGGUCGCUUAAUAGGGGGGGGGGGAGCUAAUAUAAAAUUUGUGGUACAUGAACUAAAAAUAGACACAGCCAGGCUAAGAUGGAAGUUGGCACUGUAACAUGUAACUAUGAUCAUUACCACAAGACUAAUAUAAUUUUGUGAUCAUGAGUUAAUUGUAUAUCUUUAUUUUAUAGGCUCCUUUGGGAAUUAUUUUCAAGAAUGAAAAUACAAAUGAAGAAAUGAUUGAAAUUCUAAAGCAAUUGCAAUCAUACUUGCCAAAACAGUCAAUCCGCAAUGAGACCAAAUUCGACCCUCAACUCUUUGCUGGGGAUCAGCUUACUGUGGAACGAGCAAUAAAUGUCAUCCAAUCUGUGAUGAAUGGAUACACACCAGAAGAUCGCCUUGAAGGCAUUAUUAUGCAGCUGGGUGAUUGGCAUGCCGGACUCAAAAUACUUUCAGUGAGUCAACAAAUACUUUGAAAGAGUAUUAUGUACAGUAUUAACCUUUUUAAGUUCUAAUGUGCUUAUUCUGUCUAACACCAUUCGAUUUUACUUGUCAUAGGGAAAGGCUUAUCAAGUUCUCUCAGAUAGCUUACUGUAUUUCUCUUAAUAUUUACCUUAACCCUUAACCCACAGUGUAAAAUAGUCUGGCAUUUGACAGAGUAAAAUAAUAAAGUGUGGCACAUCUGGGUGCAUUGUCACUUAAAGGAUUAACAGAGCUAGUGCAUGUGCAGCUAGCCUGAUUAACACAUUGAAUGGCAGCAAUCUCCCCCCCCCCCCUAUUAAAUAAAGGGGGAUGCAAGGGUUAAGCAACCUAGUUUGGUAUAUUACUCUACCAAAUAAAAAAAUUACUUGCCAUUGUUAUUGCAUGGUUAGAACGUUAACUACAAAAGUAGACUGCACCUCAUGGCACCUUGGUGUUUGAUGAUCAAUUUCAUGAUUAAUGUCUAUUAUAGCAUACCUUCAAGCAUGUUAUAUCUUUUAUUGACAGAUGAUAUAUGAGCGUUUCUACUCAGUCAAGUCAGAUGGAGACAUUUGCACAAUGUAUUCAGACAGAACAUUAAUUAAUCGUAGAAAUGUAGUGAAUGAUCCAAAGAAUGCAUAUGCUGCAAAUCGAGAUUUUCUUAUACUUGAGGUGAAAGCAAGAGUUAUUGCAGCAGCGAUGGAAGUUUUGGGAUUUCAAUCGAAGUCAGGAGCACCAACCAAAUUCCCUAUUCCAGAAGACCUAGAAGACCAGACCACAUCAGAAAAACGAAAAUAUCUUCAUAAAGCUGCAAGCAAGAUUGUGGAGAAAAUCAUCUUUUCUGAAGAAGACACAAACAACCUCAUAAGUGGCAUCCUGAACAUGCAAGAUAAAGAAAAUGCGAUUAAGAAUCAGCAGUUGACAAAUGAUGGCAGAUUCCCAUGCCGUUUUAGUGGAUGUACUCUAUCAUUUAAGUAUGAUGGAAAGAGUAGGCGUAAACACGAGCUCACCCAUCACCCACCACCUGUGAUCCCACAUGCACCAGAGCCAACCAAUACCACUGCAGAAGAGUCUUCACUUAGCGAUGAAAGCUUGAUGAAAGAUGACAUUUUAUAACUAUAACUGUGGUCUUCUUUCACAUGGCAUGACAUUUCUAAACUUUCUUGACGCUGUGAAAGAGGGUGACGGGUGUCGUAUAAUGAGGCAAUAUAAAUGUUUCUAAUAAACACUAUAUUGUCCCCCCAGAGAUGCUCAUAGAUACAUCUGGAACAGGGGUGUCAAUAACCAUGGUAUGUUGGGGAAAAAUAUCCCAUUGGAUCUGGAGGUGGAACACAGCAACCACUACUUGAAACAAGCUGUGAAGAACUUGGGGCCCAAUGUGAAUCCUGCAUCAAUUUCUCGAAUAUGCAAAUCUGAGAAAUGUACCAGGACAAUAAUAAACACUUUGCAAGAAAGUGUUAAGAAAGGCUUCAAAUCUGGCAAACACACGAAUAAAAACGAUGAUGAAGAUUUAAAAACAAUUGUUGAUAAGCUCGUGGAACAUCAUGCAUUUGUGAAGCAAAAUGCUCGUACAUAUCAUAGUUUCAACAAUAUUGAUAGAAACCCGCUAUUGGGCCUUGAUAUAUCAAUGGUUUACAAGUGGAUCAAUGAGCACAAAGAAAAUAUAAAGAAGAACACAAAAGCAAGAUAA